AGAUGAUAAUGGAUUCGACGUUGAGAUCCGACAAAUGGAUCCGGAUCUCGUAGGGAAGUAAAUGUUUCUAUCAAGAACUGAAAACACUUCAAUCGACCGAAAGGUGAAACUCAUUGGCUGGAUGUAUUCACCCCAGCUUCCGUUGGCGCGUACGCGCGGGGUUUCACCGUGGGAGACUGACAAGUCCCAGCCGGAACCAGGAGGACUGGAAGCUUCUCUCCUCCAACUUGUGCAGGAUCACCAUAACAAGUCUCUCCGUCUCCGCGAGCUCACCGAGAAGGCGAAGAAAGAUGCAAUUAGGAAGGCUGUGAGGGUAUCGGAUCUAUUGAUGGACGCAGUGAAUGGUGGGGUUCAAGAGUCUUUCAUCAACGAGAAACGAAUUGAACAUGAAAUUCGAGCUUUAGCUGCUACAAUUUCCAGGUUCAUGAGACAAACUGAUCAGUGGCUCACUGCAACUCAUGCCAUUAACACUGCAAUUAAGGAAAUUGGAGACUUUGAGAACUGGAUGAAGAUCAUGGAAUUUGAUUGUAAAAGCAUAAAUGCAGCAAUUCGCAACAUUCAUCAAUAAUGAGCUCAAAUAUGCAGAACAAUUGAAGAGAUGAGCAGCAAUAAGCCCAUCAAGAGACUAACUUUAUUCAUCAAUAACUAUGGUGAUCAGUUAACUUUCCGGCAGUCAGUGCGAAUCUCUCCCUCGGUUCCUGUGAGUGGACUGAGUUUCCCCAUCUUGACCAUUGCGUUGGCAAAAUCUGCAUAGAAAGUAAUAGGAUUGGUGCUGUAGGUUUUUACCUGCGAAUCGGUGGAGCCACCACUAAAAAGCUGCUGAUCUGAGUGCAGAAGGCCUUUGUUGUUAACCAAAUUGGUGAAAUAGGCAUUAUCAAAUAUUACAGGGCUAGUAGCAUCUAGUGGAGAGAAAUUCGUGUCGCUGCCUGUACUUGGACAGCUUGAUUUUAAUGAUGUUGCCAGUGUUGAAUCUAUGUUUGUCUCAUUGUAGAGUCGGCCUCGAAACAUCGAGCACCUGGCUUGGCCUGUUGUGUGAGCUCCUAUUAAUCAUGAAAACAAUAGAAAUUAGUUUGCAGAAACCAAAAUCUGAAGUGAUAAUACAACAGUUGACAUUUGACAAGCGUUUUAUAUGGUUAUCUUGCCUGAAAGAGCGACCAUAUCUUUGGCAGUGAAGCCUUUAUUUGAGAAGGAAGAUAUAAGGUCGCUGAGGUCCAUUAGUGGGGAUGGAAGCUCAGUAUUUGCAGCACUAUAACUUGCAGUGGUGGAAUCUCUUCUACCCAAUUCAACUUGCCAUGAAGGACCACCCAACUGGAUAAAAAUUCUUACUUUUUUGUUAACCCAAUUGAGUUGAAAUAUAUUUUCUUUUUCUCGAUGGAAA